AUGAGUACCUCUAGCCAUCUGGAGGGUUUGGCCGAAACCAUCAGCGCAGCCGCUAAGGUCAUUAGUGGGUAUUGCACCCUCGAUGAGAGCCCACACCCGUCUUUGAGUCCGGACGCCCCAUCGGUGGUCCUUCCUCACACGGCCCCGGAAUAUGUGCGACAGGCCCGCCAGCAGCUCCUCUCUGCUGCGAAAGAGGCGCUUCAGGUAGCAGCGGAGCCUAGUGAAUACCUCCCAAUGCUAGCCGUUCAAUACCAAUAUAUUGCCUGCAUCAAAUGGUUGGCGCAUUUCCAGGUCUUCGCCGCGGUGCCCUUGACGGGCUCCGUCCCGUAUUCACAACUGGCCAGCAUCUGCUCCGUGCCAGAGCGGCAAUUACAGAGCGUAGUUCGGAUGGCCAUCACUAGUGGCUGUCUGUGUGAGCCCCAGCCCGGCGAAAUCGCCCACAACCCUGUCUCCAGGCAGUUUGUCACUCUUCCGGCCUAUCUAGGCUGGAUUCGGUUUAUGACCGACUUCUAUAUGCCUGUAUCUGCCCAAAUGGCGGAGGCAACCGAGAAAUGGGGCGAGUCAGAGCAGCCUACCGAAACGGCGGUCAACUUGGCCAUGAAUACACCCUUGUCUGCUUUUACCUUCAUCACCCGCUCGCGAGAGUUUAACAAACUAUUCGGCGGCUAUAUGAAAGGAGUGGCUGCGAGCGAGGGUACGGCUGUACGACAUCUACUCGAAGAUUACGACUGGGCUCAGCUGAAUCAAGGGCUUGUGGUGCAUAUCGACGGUGCCCCAGGAACCGUCUGCGUGGCGCUGGCCGAGGCCUUCCCUCGACUGCGAUUCGUGGUGCAAGACACCGCCGAGCAGACCAACCAGAGCCGCUCGUUUUUGAAGUCGCAGCCAGGGCCAAUCCACUCGGCGAUCGAGACAACCGUUUACGACCACUAUAGUCCCCAGCCGAUUCAGAAUGCCAAUGUAUAUCUCCUACGAAUGGUGCUUCACAACCAUGUGGAUGACAACGCUAUUCGUAUCCUCACACCCCUGGUGCAACCCCUGCGCUCAAACCCGACUGCCCGGCUGCUCAUCAUCGACACGGUAAUUCCAGAGCCAGGUCAAGUCGGUGUUCUGGAUGAUGCACUUCAGAGAUAUCGGGAUCUCACCAUGCGACAAGUUUUUAAUACGAAGGAGAGAGAUUUGACUGAAUUCCAGCGAAUUUUGGAUGCCACCAGUGAUGGGGCCGGACGGCUGGCUGUGCAGAAGGUUCGUAGGUCGCCGGGCUCGGCGCUCUCCGUCAUUGAGGUUGCCUAUCAGAGUUAUGCGAAUGGGAACGGGAACGGGAACGGGAAUGGUUCAUUUCAACAAUUUGGAUACUGA